AUGGAAAAAAGUAAGAAAAGCACUGUGACAAUUCCGGAAUUGCGAUAAUUUCGGAAUUGUCAUGGUACGAGAAAAUGGGCGUACAAUGGAUAAAUGCAAUUUCAGAUAGCGAAAUCUUGAGAGGAAUCGACAUUAAUGAAGUCAAAGUGUUUGAAGACUCCCAAUAUGAGCAUGCCCGGUACCUGGCCGAAUCCAAUGAGGGAUGGGAUUUGGUUUAUCAGAAGAAAUCGGCCGAAGUUUGGACAAAAGAGAUGCCGGAAUCUUAUUUCAAGAUGAUUAAGGUACUUGUUUCUUCAUUACAAUCGAUGCUUAGGCCGCAACAACACUCAAUGUCUCGGCUGAUGUUGUUUAUGAUGUUCUCCAUGACCCCGAUUAUCGAUCUUCUUGGGAUAAAUACAUGGUAAAGGCAGAAGACAUCGGGGUCCUCAAUCCGAACAACGAUCUCUGUUAUUAUGCCCGUAUGUUCUCAUUAGAUUCCAAAUAACAAUAUGAUAAUCUCCAGUCGCUUCCGUGCCGCCCAUAAAAAGUCGGGAUUUUGUUAUGCAGAGAUCCUGGCUAGACAUUGGAAACGAAAAGUUCAUUUGUACAAGAUCUGUUUGGCACGAUGUAAGUCUUUUGCCCUUAGGGAAUCUCCUGUUUUUAUGAAUACUCAGGAUUUUUAUUUUCUUGUUUGCAUUGGGCGAGGAUUCUGUUUGUUUUUUUAUUAAAUUUAUGAUGGGCGUUGGAUUACAAUGUCUUAAUUGACAGUUAAUUAAAGAAUUGCUUGAUUCUCCUCUUGUACUGACGUCUGUCAUACACAUCCCCUUAAUUAAUGUCAUCAAUAACGUCCCAGGUCCAUCUUAUUUCAGGAUUAUCCCCCCACCCGAUCUUUCAUCCGCGGCUUCAUCUAUUUAACCGUUUAUUUUAUCAAAUUCAUCGACGAAAACUCGUGCCAAGUCACGUACUUAACGUAUUCGGACCCUAAAGGUAAGAAGACUAACCCAAAUUAUAAAAUGGCAGGGAAAUUACCCAGCUGGCUGAUAAACCGGAUCACCAAAAUCAUCGCCCCGAAAGUCCUCAAAAAACUGCACAAGGCGUGCCUUAAUUACGAAGCCUGGAAACGAAGCCAUAACCCCCUUCAGAAGCCUUGGAGAUAUCCAGAACAAUUGGAAGGAGCUCCUCGAGUAGAUCUCAGCAAAUGUGUGCCCAAACAUGUCGUGCAGGACAUUGUGGACGAGACCAGUUUACAAUUAGAUUGUGAUGAGAUAAAGGAAGAUUAA